AUGGCGACAACUGGAGGUGGGGAUACACAACAACAACAACAGAAACAACAACACACGACACCGCAACACAAACAAACCGUUUUGGAUUUAGGAAAGUACAUCGACAAAGGCGUGCGAGUGAAACUUUCCGGAGGGAGAGAGGUAGAAGGCAUUUUAAAAGGAUUCGAUCAGCUCUUGAAUCUCGUUCUCGACGAAACGAAAGAGUAUUUACGAGACGUGGACGACCCGUUGAGAAUAACGGACGAAACGAGAAACUUAGGAUUGAUUGUGACCAGAGGGACGAGCGUUAUGGUCGUAUCGCCGUUAGAUGGGUUGAAAGAAAUCGAGAACCCGUUCGCGGUAGCCCCCGAAGAGUAUUAG